CCCGCCCGCUCGCCCGCUCGCUCGCUGGCGCUGAGGAAAACGUUGCGCAGGUUCAAAAAUGGAACGUCGGCGGCGGCGUGAGGGAGCGCUAGGGGGUGUGCGCGCGUGCGCGUGCGCGUGCGCGCCCGGCCGAGCCUGACGGGGUCCCCGCCGCCCCGAGCAUCGCGCGCCGCAGCCGCGGCCCCCGCAGCUCCACCCCCCGGCCCGGCCCGGCCCGGCCCCCGGCCCCUCGCCCGCCGCCCCGCAUGGAGCUGUCAGCCAUAGGCGAGCAGGUGUUUGCGGUGGAGAGCAUCCGGAAGAAGCGCGUGCGGAAGGGCAAAGUGGAGUAUCUGGUGAAGUGGAAAGGAUGGCCCCCCAAGUACAGCACAUGGGAGCCAGAGGAGCACAUCCUGGACCCCCGCCUUGUCAUGGCCUACGAGGAGAAGGAGGAGAGAGACCGAGCAUCAGGGUAUAGGAAGAGAGGUCCGAAACCCAAGCGGCUUCUGCUGCAGCGGCUGUACAGCAUGGACCUGCGGAGCUCCCACAAAGCCAAGGGCAAGGAGGAGCUCUGCUUCUCUCUGACGUGCCCACUCGGCAGCGGGAGCCCCGAGGGGGUGGUCAAGGCGGGGGCAGCUGAGCUGGUGGACAAGGGCCCCUUGGUGCCCACCCUGCCCUUCCCACUCCGCAAGCCGCGCAAGGCCCACAAGUACCUGCGGCUCUCACGCAAGAAGUUCCCGCCACGCAGCGGGUCCCACCUGGAGAGUCACAGCCAUCGACGGGAGCUCUCCCUGCAGGAGCCACCAGCCCCAGAUGUCCUGCAGGCCGCCAGCGACUGGGAGCCUGUGGAGCAGCCCCCUGAGGAGGAGGAAGCAGACCUGGCCAAUGGGCCCCCUCCCUGGACACCCACGCUCCCCUCAAGUGAAGUGACCGUGACUGACAUCACCGCCAACUCCGUCACCGUCACCUUCCGUGAGGCUCAGGCUGCCGAGGGCUUCUUCCGAGACCGCAGUGGGAAGCUGUGAACAGCGGCUUCCCUUCUUCUUAAACUGUGUUCCUUGGGGCUUGGGUGAGGAAUUCCAGAGACAGGAGGGGCUGGGAGCACGACAAAUACUUUAUUUAAGAAAAAAAAGCAGAAGCAUGGGGAAGACCCCACCACCCUGCCCUUGCCCCAUGAGGGUUGUUUACAAAGGGGCCUCUGGGACAGGGAGGGAAGGCCAGUGUUGUCUGGUUCUCAUCUCCAGGGCAGAUGGGGAUGGGCUCCCCUGCCCAGUAUGUCUCUGUCAUUAUCUUACAGAGGCUGAUCCUAGGAGUCGGAGGAGCCCAGGAGGUCCAGACCUUGCCUUGGCAGUCACCCCAGCUUUCUGGUGGUGUCCCCUCUCUGUUCCUUGGCUUGGGUCUUUACUAUGAACUUUCCACUCCAGCUUUGUGGUGGGGCAUGGAGGCUGGCUUUGGCCACCAGGGGCAGGAUCAGGACAAAGGGUGUGGACUAGACCAGAGAAGAGGUUGCCUACCAAGCCUCCUCUGAAUGUGCUGUCCCCUCAUCACUGGCCUGUGUAGAGAUGCCCAUGAACACAUCCAGCCACCCCAGUGUGUACACACUGCCUGUGUGUGUGUUCACACCUGCCCCAUGUUUAUAGACCUGUCCACAUGGACCUUGCACACCUUUAGAAACUGAUCAGGUGAACAUGGCCUAAUUCACAGCACAAAGGAGCUUGCCACGGCACCGUCACUCUACCUUGCACAUAUGACAUGGGACAGGAUCUGUCUGUGCGACAGGAUCAGACAGCUUGGGCCCACCCUGGGCCUGAUGAUGGCAUCUGAUCUCCCAACCACAGAUAGAACCAGGCUCCAGGUGUGCCAGCUGCAGAUGCUUCCGCACAGGAUUGUAGACACUUGGCCCUUCCUUCCUCCCACAGGAGUUCAUGUUCUUUCUGACUCAGGUGACUUUUCAGCCCUUCCAGCCUCCCCCCCCCCCCCCCUUCUCUACCCUUUCCUGCGGCUCAGCUGAUCUGGGCAUCCAUGGAUGCCAGUGGGUGUGGGCAGUCAGGGAGGGAGUAUCCCCCACUUUCUCAGGGCAGUCCUUGUCUUCUGUGUUCCCUCCCCACCCAACCUGAAUGGCACUGCUAGGGAUGACCCCUCACACCUUGUGGGGAUUGAACCGUGGUACAUGGUGAGUCGGGCUGCACACAGGGCUGUGCUCCUGUGAGGAGCAGUUCACUGCUUUGCACAGGUGUCCUAGAGGCUGACACUCUCCUCCCCGAGGAGGGGCAACUCCCUGGUCAUUGCAUUGCUCUCUCGCCCCUGCCACCAUAGGAACCUGUGUGGCUGGGUCCCAGCAGCCCCCAGUUCUGCUGUGUUUUUAGGAGGCCAACAGAGUUUGCGUGAGCAAGGGCGGGACCACUCACUCCUAGACUCUCCCAUUCCCGAACCAAAGAGCCUGUACCCUGUGUCUGUCUGGGAUUCUGUCCUCAAAUUUCUCAAGUCCCUGGUCUCCCCCCUCCUCCUCCUCAGUUCUUAGUUGUCCAGGGUUAACUCAGUGCUUCCAUUGGGGGCAGUCUCCUAUGGGUGACCUGCUUCACCUCUGUCCUGGAACCUGAAUCUAGAGAAUGUCAGGGUGGGCUAGGGAAAGGAGAGUCAGGAGGAACCCCAGCUCAGAGAAGGUGAGGGUGGGUGGCGAAAGCUUUUCUUUGCAGCUGGGUUUGCUCCCCCACAAUACUGGGGGACAGCAUCCUGUGGGGGGCAUGCUCCCCAUCCCUAGGGGCAUGAGACUAAAUGCCUGUGCAUCUUGGACCAGGAGGCUCCAGUGGGGAGAAGAGGCCUUUCCGGGCAGCUGUCUUCUGUCUUCAGCAGCAAGCAGUGUCCUUUUCUCCCAUGUGGCCCUUUAUGAAACCCACCAGCCUGGGGAGAUUGUGGCCUAGGCUGGGAUCCCUCAGGGCAGCCGUGUGGCUCUGGACUGCUGUGGACUGGUUCCCUAGGGAGAAUGACUGCAAGCUUUGAGUGGCUACACAGGCUUCUCCCAGCCUGAAGCUACCCAAGUGGACAGUACCCCCUACACACACUAACCCCCUACAAGGCCAGUACUCAGAGUGAGGCGUGGUGGCCGCCUGCCUAUCUUUCCCUUGGCCCCACCCAUUUGAAUGUAGAGGUUGGGGUGAAGAUGUGCCUCAGCCUCUGGUGUGGGCACUUGAAGUGCCACAGCUGAGCCCAUUCGGGCUGUGUGGUUAUCAUCUGGUAAGAUGGUGAUCUCAUUGCCAAGUUCCUCCCACCUCCUGCCCACUGGGGAAGGAGCUCAGUGUCAGUGAGGUGGUAUAGUUUUUUGCUUUAAGUGGCGGACCAGACCUGGCCGCCAGGUCUCAGCACAAGACCGCUUCCUUUGCACAGAAUGAGCUCCGAGCUUUGUUCAGACUACAUGAAUGUAUUGGGAGGGAUUGGGAUGGGGCACAGGCCUUCCCCUGGGGGAUGUGUGCUGGGGAGAAUCAGCAGGUGCAGAGUGCAGUUUUAUUUUUGUACUGAUGGGUAAGAGACUGUAUAGCAUCUAUUUAUUUAGAUGAUUUGUCUGGUAGAUGAGGCAAAAAUUAUUAAAAAUACAUUAAAAUGAUUUAAAAAUU